UGAGCUGUUAAGCGUAUAAGAAAAAAAUGUAUAAUAAUACUAGUUACCAAAGAAAUGUCUGAAUUUUUCAUUAAUAAACGUCAACUCAACAACAUGCUGAAAUAUCUUAGUCUCAUAGCUGCUUUUUUUGUUACCGUGUACUGGCUACACUGAUCACUAAUAAAACCACAGAUAAGAUAAAAACAUAAUAUUAUUGGCGAUAUUACAUGGAGUAAUAUUAUCACCGCUUUUUAUUGAUAUCAAUAUUAUUCUUGACUUUAAAAUUUUAAUAAGCAUUAACGUUAAACUUACUACUUAGUACUUACUAGUUACUUGUAAAUGUCAACUGCCAACACAAAGUUUGAAUAGCUUACAAUAUUUGUGACUUACGUUCCUAUAUAACUACCGUGUGUUGGGGGCUUUUUUUUUUUUUAAAAUGCCAAAAGUAGUAUCUCGUAGUAUAAUCUGUUCAGAUUCCAAAGAUCAAGAGGAAUACAAUGAAGAGAGACCAUUACACUCAUAUUAUUGUUUAUGUGGUCAAAUGACACUAAUUCUAGACUGUGCCAUUGAAAAAUUACCUCUACGUAAACGUGAUGGAGCUAGGGUAAUUGAUGGAUCUAAGCACGCUAAUAAGUUAACGUAUGAUCAAGACGAAUUAGUGUAUUUGAAAAGGCCCGAAGGGAUUGAAAAACAGUAUCGAUUGAAAUGUAAAAAAUGCGGUUUAUUCUUAUAUUAUAAACACCAGCCUAGUGCGAAUGUUUAUUUUAUCGUACGAGGGGCAAUAGUCAAGUGUACUGGAGAAAUUCCCAAAAUGGAUAUUUACAAUCAAGUAGCAGUUGAUAAACCUAAAAAAAUCAUGGUCACCAAGCAUACAAAGAAUAUGGGUAAAUUUAGCUCGGUAACAGUAUCAACCAUUGACGAGGAAGAGGAUGAAAUAGAAGCUCGAGAAGUUGCCGACUCAUAUGCAAACAAUGCCCGAAUUAUUGAAAAACAAUUAGAAAGAAAAGGCAUGAACAAACGUAAAGCGACAGAUACAGUCGAACCUGAAAUUGAUUUGGAAAUAAAAAGACAUACCCGCGGUACUCUGUUAGAAAAAUGAAAUACCGAUAUUAAAUUUAAUAACAUUUUUAAAGCAUUUUUAAUAACUCACAAUAAAUAAUCUUUUUUCUUUUUUUUA